UUCUGUCACACACUAGAUUCUUGCCCUACUUUCAUCUCCAUUAUUUUAUUUCCCUUCUUGAAGCAUCUCUCCUCUUUCAAUUUUACUUUUUAUUUUUUAUUUUUGUUGUUGUUGUUUUUCCACCUUUACUAACUCAUUGUUUUAUUUAAUUAAAAAUAUGAUGUUGUCAUGAGAGUGAUGGGCUGGCAUGCAUUUUUCGGAUUGCAGGAAUUCAGGCUUUUUUUUUUUUUUUUUUUUUUCUGUAUUUCCUCGACACAUGUUCAUCUUCUUCUUAUGUGGUGUCUUCUGCUUUCUGGGUUGUCAUCAGAAAAUUGAGAUUGGAUUCAUAUGAAAUCAUAACCCAAUUGUGUUUUUGGAAUUCUUUGUUGUUGGGUUUUGAGUUUUAGGCUUUCAAACUCCAAAUAUUGGGACAACCAUAUCACAUCCUUGCCUUUCUCGGAGCCUUCUACUUUUGAAUUUGGAAUUUGGGUUCGAUUGGAGGAUUGCUUCUUUCAACAAAUUCCGGAUUAAUUUUGUCAAUAAUUGAUUUUCAUGUGUCCUGCACGUAUUUGAAUUCAACUGUUGCAGCAACUCUGCAUAAAAAGUCUCGAAUUUCAUACGCUGGAAUGAUUGUUCUUCUGGUUUGUGCAAAUUGUCUCUGAAUUGAAAAGGGUUCAUGCUGAUUUUUUGGUGCCAGAUGAAUUUUUAUGUUCUUGGGAUGAUUUGAAAUUCUGGGAUUUCUGGAUUGAAUAGGGUUUAUGCUAAUCUUAAAUGGACGUGCCUCCUUACUGUAAGAAUUUCAAAGUUCUCGGUUGCCAUUUGAAUUCGUUCGCAUGCAAAUGUGUUGUUUUAGCUGUGACUGCUCUGGUAAUCAGAGCUGUUCUGCUUCCUACGUUCUCCAUCUUUGAUGGAACUGAACAGGACAACUUGGUAUUCAUCGGUAAUCUGUCGUUGUCAUUCGGUCAGAAAUCUGGAAUCCGAAAAGAUAAGUUUCUGGAGGUUCCUCAAAUCGUUUGGGGACUAAACAAUCAGAAAAUAGCGUUUGCAAGAGCUUGUCUGACCGCAAGGCUUUUGAACCGGACGCUUUUGAUGCCUAGCUUGAGUGCUUCCCUGUUUUACAAGGAAGUAGAGCUCUUGGAGCCGAUUUCCUUCGAUAAGGUGUUCCAGUUCAAGAAGUUUAAUUCUCUCUGUAAUGGAUUCGUUCAAUUGGGUGAACUUUCAGAUGUUAGAAACCGAACAGGAGCAUUUGAGCUUCAGAAAGGAAGCGGAAGGAGGUGGACUCCCGAGAGGGACAUGGAUCAAUUGAAACAGCAUAAUGAGGAUCCAUACAAUGAGUACGAGGUGAUUCAAAUAGUAGGAAAGAAUCCGUUUCUGUGGCACGAUCAUUGGCCUGUGAAGGACUAUGCGAAAAUCUUUGAGUGCAUGGUUUUGGUUGAUGAGAUAAUGAAUGAAGCGGAUAAAGUCGUGUCACGGAUUAGAGAGAUCGGAGCAGCACAAGUAAGUAGUCGGAAAGAGUUUGCGCAAAUUGGCAUUAGCCCGGCAGAGAAUUCUGUCGUGCAGCCGGUGCCUUAUGUGGCUGUACACAUGAGGAUAGAGAUAGAUUGGAUGAUUCAUUGUAAGAAGCUAGAGCAAAGAUCAAACAUAACCCAAAUUUGUAGUAGCAAGGAGGAGAUCAUGGAAAGAGUAGGCAACAUUGUUGGCCUCAAAACGCCUGUCGUUGUUUAUUUAGCUAUAGCUGAUAGCCUUCUUCAUGAUCCGUCCAUUCUAAACGGCUGGAAAGAAGGCCUGAUUCCUUUCGAGAAGAAGAAAUUGGGCGUCGAAGGAAAUUACAAGAAGUUCUCUUAUCUCAUUCAGUCUGCAAUCGACUACGAAGUGUGUUUAAGGGCUGAUGUGUUUGUGGGAAACAGUUUCUCGACAUUUUCGAAUCUUAUAGUUCUGGAUCGAACGCAGAAGCUCUUAAGAACGGGCGUGACAAGCUCAUGUGGUGUGGAUGUAAGGUGGCCUUCUUAUGCAUACAACAUAUUAGGGGAAUCCAAGGGCCCUCAACGAUGGAUGACAAAUAUGUCUGGCUCAAGUCUUCAAGCAAUUAGCUAUGGCUCCAACGACAUCUCCUGUCGAGUCUGACGAUCAGUUUUUCGGCCAAUGGAUAUACUCGAUGCUCCGCCGCGUAAUCGAAAUUAUUUCUUCCCUCCGGCGCAAAUUUGUUGGUAUAGUUUGUCGGAUUUUCUUUUUCCUUUUGUAGAGGAAAUCAGUAGCAGAGAAUGUUGAAGUAGCACCAAAUUAUAUUAUUGAUGUAAAUUUCAAAAUUUAGUUUUUUGUGUAGUUUUCAGGCGAUUGAUUUUUUUUUUUUCCUUGAAUCUUGAUGGAAUGUAAGUAAUUUUUACUUAGAAUC